AUGGAGACCAAAAAUUACACGACUGUGACAGAAUUCAUUAUUCUGGGGUUAACAGAAGACACUACAGUUAGUACCAUUUUGUUUAUUUUUUUUCUAGGAAUUUAUGGGGUAACUUUGGUAGGCAAUGUAAGCAUAAUUAUGUUAAUCAGAAACAGCCCUCAGUUGCAUACCCCUAUGUACCUUUUCCUCUGCCAUUUGGCUUUUGUAGACAUUGGAUACUCCUCUUCAGUCACCCCUGUCAUGCUCAUGGGUUUCCUCAGGGAAAAAACUACUGUUCCUGUUGCUGGUUGUGUAUCUCAACUCUGUUCUGUUGUUACUUUUGGGACAGCUGAGUGCUUCUUCCUUGCUGCCAUGGCCUAUGAUCGCUAUGUGGCCAUCUGCUCACCUCUUCUCUAUUCUACUCACAUGUCCCCCAGAAUAUGCAUUCUUUUAGUGGGAACAUCUUACCUAGGUGGAUGUGCAAAUGCUUGGACAUUUACUGCUUGUUUACUAAGACUGUCUUUCUGUGGACCAAAUAAAGUCAAUCACUUUUUCUGUGACUAUUCUCCCCUUUUGAAGCUUUCUUGUUUUCAUGAUUUUGCUUCUGAAAUCAUUCCAGCCAUCACUUCUGGUUCCAUCAUUGUGGUCACAGUGCUCAUUAUUGCUCUCUCUUAUGUCUACAUCCUUAUCUCCAUCCUGAAGAUGCGCUCUACUGAGGGGCGGCACAAAGCCUUCUCCACCUGCUCCUCCCACCUCACAGCAGUCACUCUGUUCUAUGGAACCAUCACAUUCAUUUAUGUAAUGCCCAAGUCCAGCUACUCAACUGAACAAAACAAGGUGGUGUCUGUGUUCUAUACAGUUGUGAUCCCCAUGUUGAAUCCCCUUAUCUAUAGUUUAAGGAACAAGGAAGUUAAAGAGGCUAUGAGAAAAUUGAUGGCUAGACAUAUUGGUGAUUCUAAAAUUAUCUGA